AUGUCGAUGAUAAAACCGAAAACGCCCACCGAUCAGUUCUCUCGCGGUGACGUGGGUACCAAGCUGUUCGGUAUUGGGGAGCUUCGCGACCUGAUUCUGGCGGAGUUGCCACCAAAGGACCUUCUACGAAUGCAGCGGGUAUCACAAGAGUGGUCAGAAACCAUCAAGCAAUUUGGUCGUUGCCUGUUUUUGUCUUCAAUUCAGCCGUCGAAGUCUCAUUGGAUCGCCAAUACAACUGGAAGCUCGAUACCGGGACAAAACAAUAUCACCUCUUUCGACUGGAGCAGCGGCAGCCAAGUCGAUGCUGCCGACCUCUCUUUCAUCAUGCUGGAACAUCUCAAGAAAAAAGGCGAUAGUGUAGUCCGAUUUCCGGCUGUCCUAAACACAAUGGUCGUUCGCAACGAGACGACGAUAGCCGAGCACGACAGCAUCUUCCACCGCGCUGGCCCUUCGAAGCUGGUUCUCUCGUUCAUUUUGGACCCUGAACAUGCCUGGUUGGAGAGUAAGGGCAUAAGGCCCAGUUUCAUCGACAUGUUCAUUAGCCAACCUGCAAUCGUUAAAACGGAGGUGCAUUGGGCGCUAAAGAGUAGUCCUCCUCGUUGGAUCACCGACGUGGUUCGCCGAAAAGACGGUAUUCGAGUAAUAGAUAUUCUCGAAUGCUCGCGCUCUCACAACUGCACCAUCGAUUGGCCCCGUACCGAACUUUGGGUGGCGGGCUAUGUGGCAGUGAGCUGGGAGGAAUACACCAUGGGCAUUGAAGGAGCCGUCUGGCGCUGCGAAGAUGGGACUGUUUCUUGA